GUGCCGCUUAUCCUGCCUGCUGGCGCAGGUGGCAUUGGAUCUAUCUGUGGAUUAUGACUUUAGACACAGAACCCAUGGACGAACCCGACAUCGACGUGGUGGGAGACGUUAACAAGGACACUAGAAAGACGCGUUUUUUAACUGUACCUUUGGUUAGGGCGACUGGUGCAUCAGAGCUGGGAGUGAACGCGUCAUCGUCUCCAGAACUGCAGGACGCCCAUAAGAAUGAUGACAGUUCUCCGCCAAAGUGCAAUCCUGCCGCGGGGAAAAGCGCCUCUUCGGUGAAGCCCCCGUACUCGUACAUUGCCCUGAUCACAAUGGCCAUUCUCCAGAGCCCGAAGAAACGCCUCACCCUGAGCGAGAUAUGCGACUUUAUCAGCCACCGCUUUGCUUACUACCGUGAGAAAUUUCCGGCCUGGCAGAAUUCCAUCCGACACAACCUGUCUCUCAACGAUUGCUUUGUCAAAAUGCCCCGCGAGCCUGGUAACCCAGGGAAGGGAAACUACUGGACGUUAGACCCCAUGUCCUCUGACAUGUUUGAAAACGGCAGCUUUCUGCGAAGAAGGAAGCGCUUCAAGCGGCAACAUUUUAGAUUCGAUAUGUUGAAGGAAUCGCCGCUGGAUCCUCGCGGGAUGCCCAGCUUUACCUAUGGUGCUUAUGGGAUAGGGGCAGCAUGCUUGCCACUGCCCAGCUUGGAGUUGUACCACAUGGGUAUUGAUCACCACUCAGGCUCGCCCUGUGCUCCUACCAUCCCACCUGUUAGCAGCAUAUUGCCGGCGCUCUCGACCCUUUUCUCCAGGAACCCGCAUGCCGGUGUCAAGGCUUUUCUCCCAUCACAAUCUCCAGCCUUCGACUCCCUCGGCACGACCCGCUGCACCGCUGUCUCUUCGACCGUGCUCCCCGACUCGCCUUUCUUGUCGACAGCGGUACUUCAUCCCCUGGCUUCUCCGCAUCUUCUCAGCCUACAGCAAGAGCACCAGAAACUGCAUACCAUACAGUGCAGCAGUCUGGCCAAUAAACUCCUACAGCAGCUGGGCGACGCCAGUAAUCCGUAG